CACCACUUCUCUUCCUAUUUAUUAGGAGCUAGAUGAACAAUAUGUGUUCUACCAUCAAUCCCUUGAGUUCUAGCUCAUCAAAAUUUGCCUCUUUCUUUCACUCAUUGCAAACGUUAAUGCCAUUUACAUCGUAGCCUCAGAGAUCCCUCAAGAACAUCAAACAACUAGUUGACAAACCACUUUCAUCUACAAAGUUUUGUAACAUUAACAUUGCAAUGGCAUCUUCUUCUUCCUCACGCAAUUAUAGUUCUUCCUGGACUCCAAUGCAAAACAAACAAUUCGAGAGGGCCCUAGCUGUCUACGACAAAGAUACCCCAGACCGUUGGCAAAAUAUUGCCAGGGCUGUUGGGGGGAAAACUGCUGAGGAAGUAAAGCGGCACUAUGAGAUUCUUGUAGAGGAUCUCAAGCACAUUGAGUCCGGAAAGGUCCCAUUCCCAAAGUACAAAUCAAAUGGGCACAGUUUCUGAUCAAAUCACCAGCAUGAAGCAGAGGCUAAUCAAGUAAAAGAGAUUACGAAGAAGACCCAAGAAGGCCUAUAAUUACAUUUCUAAAUGUUGUAAUCUCAUAUUGCUGAAGCAGCUUCAUAUUAAAGCUGCACCUGUAUUUUCUCUUAGUAGUGAAAAUUUCUAUGUAUUAGCAUUCGGCUAAUAUGAUUAUCUAUUUAUGUGGAAAGUUGAAUUCCUCAUCUACAUUAAUAUUUCAAAUUGUCCUUAAUCGGAAAACAAAAUCCU